AUGACCGAAUUUGCACCUAUAUCUGGAUAUUAUCAGACCCUUAAGCCAUUUAAUCCAAGGCCAUGUCAAACACCAGAGUAUCCAAUAACAGUUCACCUUACGCUAGCAUCAAUUGAUCCAGAGCCAGUUGAUGAUGAAAAGCAACCAACCACUUUGAGAUUGUUGAAGCAAAGGGAUAUGUUUGAGGUUGAUGACAGUGAGGAUGAAGAUUAUAAUGAGGAGGAGGAUGAUAAGGAGGAGAAUGAUGAUGAUGAUGAUGAUGAUGAUGAGAAGAAGCCUUCUAAAAAGUCGAGUAAAAAGAAUGCUAAAAAGUCCGGUAAAAAGGAUGCUAAGGAUGAGGAAGAGGACGAAAGUGAUGGUGAUGAAAUUGAGGAGACGAAGGAAAUGGACGAAGAGAUCCAAGAUCAUAUUCUAUGUACUCUUUCUCCAGAGUCUCAAUGUCAGCAGGUGCUUGAUCUCACAAUAAUGCCAGGAGAUGAGGUUUACUUCGUUGCAACUGGUUCAUACACAGUGUACCUUUCCGGAAAUUAUGUUGACAACCCAGAUGAUCUUGAGGAUGAUGACUUUUCAUCGAGCGAAGACGAUGAAGAUGAAGAUGAAGAUCCUGACUACGAAGAGGGCGAUGAAAAUGAAGAGGAUGAAGAGGGUGAUGUUAUCGAGGAAGGUGAUGACGAUUUUGAUCUGGACAAGCUUGAAAAUGUUGAUGAUGUCGAGAAGGAGAUUGAAGACUUGGUGAAGAAGGAUGAGGGAAAGAAAAAGCAGUCUGGAAAGAAGAGAAAGGCCGAGAAAGAAGAAAGUGGUGCAGAGGGGAAAAGCAAGAAGUCCAAGAAAGCCAAGAAGGAUGAGGAAGAGAGGAGAGUGAAGUUCGACAAGGAUCUGAUCAAGGGACCAACGCAAACAGAGAAGAAGGAAAAGAAGGAGAAGAAAGAGAAGAAGGAGAAGAUUGAAAAGAAGAAGAAGAAGCACCCAGUUAGAAAACUUGACGGUGGUAUCUUAGUCGAAGACAUGGUGACAGGUGUUGGUCCACUUGUCAAGUCAGGCAAGAAGAUUAGCGUGAGAUACGUUGGAAAGCUCAGAAACGGAAAGGUGUUCGAUAAGAACGUUUCUGGAAAGCCAUUCCGGUUUAAUGUUGGUCGUGGAGAAGUUAUUAAAGGCUGGGAUUUGGGCUUCCAAGGUAUGGCAGUUGGUGGAGAGCGGAGGAUCAUCAUCCCUGCACCAAUGGCCUAUGGAUCACAGCGUCUUCCUGGUAUUCCUGCCAAUAGCGAGUUGACAUUUGACGUUAAGCUUUUGGCCAUCAAAUGA